UGCAACAGUGUAGCCCUAGGGCAGCAACUUUCUGGCUGCGCUGCGCUCGGAGUCUGUGCAUUGGGGAGCGGGGCAGUGGAGGGGUCUCUGGGGCGGUGCGGGGUUGGGAGCCUGGCGGGGCGAGCUCAGCGCGGGUGUCCGUCUCCGCUGCGUUAGCCCGGGCUUAAGCCGCGCCCGCUGAGGCUGAAGAUGUCCGGGCAUUUUUCUGACACAAGCAGCAAGAAAGAAAAUGUUAAAAUCACAAGUGAGCCCAAGCCAGGGUUUCUGGAGAGACUCAGUGACACUGCUGGAGGGAUGCUAAUUGGACUUGCGGCAUUUUCUCUCUCUUUCUACCUUAUUUUUACCAAUGAGGGACGAGCUUUGAAGACGGCCACUUCCCUUGAUGAGGGGCUUUCUCUUGUGGUCCCUCUUGACAAUAUUCACAGCGUGUUUCAACAGAAUGAGGGAAAACUAGUGCACUUGUCAGGUGCCCUUAGAACAUCAAAGCCUUUGUUUGAUCCCAGCUAUGGGCUCUCCGUCCACGCUGUCAAACUGAAACGUCAGGUGGAAAUGUAUCAAUGGGUAGAAUAUGAAGACUCCAAAGAAUAUGAGGAGAACGGCGAAGUUAAGAAAGAAACAAGAUAUUCUUAUAACACUGAAUGGAAAUCAGAAGUUGUGAACAGCAGAAACUUUGAUCGAGAGAUUGGCCAUAAAAACCCCAGUGCCAUGGCUGUGGAAUCUUUCACUGCAAUUGCUCCUGAUGUCCAGGUGGGCAGUUUCUUUCUUUCAAAAGGUCUUGUUGAGAAAAUUGACAGUUUUAAGCAGAUGAGCCUGUCGAAAUUGGAGGAUCCGCAUGCUGACAUUACUCGAAGAGGAGAUUACUUUUAUCACAGCGAGAAUCCCGGGCGUCCAGAAGUGGGAGACCUUCGUGUUUCAUUCUUCUAUGCGGGUCUGAGUGGAGACAACUCCCACCGGGGCCCAGCAGAUGUGGUGACCGUGAUUGCUCGUCAGCGAGGGGACCAGUUGGUUUCGUACCAAACCAAGUCUGGAGACAUUCUGCAGAUUCUUUAUCCUGGCGAUCUCUCUGCUGAGGAGGUGUUUCAAAAAGAGCAUGAAAGUAACACCAUGAAGACCUGGGGUCUCCGUGCAGCUGGCUGGCUGGCGAUGUUUGUAGGCAUCAACCUUAUGACCAGAAUCCUUUACACUUUGGUGGAUUGGUUUCCUGUUGUUCGAGAUCUGGUUGAUAUUGGACUUAAAGCUUUUGCCUUUUGUAUAGCCACCUCACUCUCCCUGCUAACUAUUUCGGUGGGGUGGCUCUUCUACCGCCCACUAUGGGCUCUACUGAUUGGGUUGCUGUCUGUCGUUCCUAUUGUGAUUGCAAAAUCCCGGGUUCCACCAAAGAAGCAUCAGUGAAGAUGGAAGAAUUCCUUUUUUUCCCUUGCACUUGAAUCCUGUUUUUUUUAUUAUCCUUUGAAGCCCAGUGCAUUUAUCAUGUUUCAAGUUUUUACGACAUGCUUAAGGCACAUUACAGUUCAGAAUCUUGACUCCCUGCACUAGAGAGUCCAGUAGGAGACCAAGAUGCAAUUUUUUUAUGAUUAUACAUCCAUGAGACAAUGUAACUGUAGAAGCUGCAGUUUGGAGUGGGUGAUAUUCUGUGUAUUUAGGGGAGGAAACAGCAUUUGUUACUUAAUUAUUUGCCAAUCUUUACUUGUUAAAAGAACAGUGGUGUGUGCUAUUUACACGGGAAUAGGGACAGAUUUAAUUAAGCAAUCCAUGAUGUGCAAUCUCUAGCAGAUUUUGUGUGCCUGCCUCUCAUUUAACUAUUCCCUCUAUUUUCUUAUGUACACAGAGAAAUAUACUUAUGUUGACAAUGUUUUGAAAUGCGUGUUCGUAGACAAAAUGCUGCUUGCAUCUGAGUGAAAGCUGUGUUAUGCAUUUAAUUUGUUUUCAGUAGUUAGAAAGCCACGUAUAAUGUGUAAGGUUUUCAAAAGUAAUUAGUGACUUUGGCUGCUCAACUUGUUACAUUUUAAAGGGGCCUGAUUUUCAGAAAGCCUUCACCUACUCAGAAUCAGAACCCUUUGGGUGCCCAAAUGAGACAGCUUCAAGUUGCUAGCAUGUCUACCUUGUUUUGUAAAACUUGAAAACUGAUUUCAAAUUCCACCUGCUUAAAGGGAUAAUCUAAGGUCAAAAAUCAUAACAGCUUGAAACUAAGAACUGAUGUAACCUGUAAAACUAGUGUAAACUCCUGUACUUAAAAACUGAUGUAAUGUUUUCCCAUUUAUUUCACUUCAUUUGGCUAAUGAAAGAUGCAUCAGAGACAAACUGAGUACUUGUAUAAGCUGUAGUGUUUGGAUUUAAAUGCUCUCUUGCAGGGUUUGCAACUGCCUCAUACUUAAACACCUUAAUUGAAAUUAAAUCAUUACAAAAUUAGUUAAUGUUUUGUAAACUUUAGUAACCUAAAUGUUCGGCUUUGUCAUGUUAGGGGGGAAGCAACUCCACCUCUAACCUCUCACUGAUUCAUGUUUACAUUUUUCUGCUAAUACCAGUAUUUGUUUUUGGAACCCCUUUUGUAUUAUUUUAAAAAGUGCAUUUGCUUCUAACAACUUGGGGCUGUCUUUCAGCCUGCCUUUUCCUAUGCUUCCACUUUUGUAAGCACAACUGAUGUUUAAGAAGAAUACCUAAUUCCAUGCACAAAGCGGGAACGUGGCAGCUCACUGACCUCAACCUUGGUUUUCAAAAUCUUAUCCCUUAAAGUCCAGUUAAGAACUUCAAGAAAGCUUCCUUCCCCUUGCUACACUAUUUUACUUGAAGAUAUCUAACGGCUGAAGAAGGGGAUUUUGCUUGCUUGGGAUCUUAAACAGGAGAAACUAUACCAAAGCUGAGGAAUGUGAAAGGCAUAGUCCUUAAAUCCACUUAACACAUACAGUUGACAUGUUUAAGGAAUCAGGCCAUGUGAUUUUUAAAAUCAAUUUCUGUUGGUACUAGGUUUAUUAGCAUUAGUAACUUAUCUAACAGCCCAAGGCCUAUUUAAAAGUUGACUACACGAUAAGAAUCCAAGGCUUUAGUGAUGGGGCAAUUUGUGAAAGUUUUUUUUUUUUUUUUUGCACAAAACUAUUAAAUAGAAUGGCUUGUAAAAUAUAACUUUGGGCAGUUGCUACUUCUUGAAUGAACAAUAAUCAUUGUUAAGUGGUGCCCUUUUAUUCCUGUUGGUAUCCAGCCAGUGUUGGUUCAGUUUCAAGUCUCUAGGACCCUCUUCUGCUCCCAAUGAAGUCAAUUGGAACAGGCUCUUAGGUAGGUUGCCUGGAUAUACAAAUAGUCUAUUAAUAAACUUAUGGAGUGUUUGUCUGCUACUUAAUCAUUGCAGUAUAUCUUCCAGUACCUCAAAUUGUGUUUUCCUUUUAGGGAACAAUGUGUUUAACAGUGCUCAAUGGUUUGAGCAUUGGCCUGCUAAACCCAGGGUUGUGAGUUAAGUCCUGGAGGGGGCCACUUAGGGAUCUGGGGCAAAAAUCAGUACUUGGUCUUGCUUGUGAAGGGGGGCUGGACUUGAUGACCUUUUGGGGUCCCUUCCAGUUCUAUGAGAUGGGUAUAUCUCCAUAUAUUAAAACUUAAACCCCAACCAGCAUUCAGCUACUGUACAAUGGAGACUCUUGAAACAGUUUUCUGUCAAAGUGCUGAACUUUUGUAUGUUUUUAUUAAAAAGUUUCUCAGAUGGUUAA